CCUCCGAGUCCUGCGCGCAUGCGCGGUGCGGCGGCGCUGACCUUCAGCGGGGCUCGGGGGGGGAGCCGCCGCCAUCUUGGCCCCGGGCGCUGCCGCCGCCGCCGCUGUCACCGCCGCCGCCAUGUUGUGCCGGGGCGCCGCCGUCGGGCUUUACCAGCCGGCAUGGGGCCAAGUCAGGAACAUGGCAACUCUGAAAGACAUUACCCGGCGUUUGAAGUCCAUCAAGAACAUUCAGAAGAUUACAAAGUCCAUGAAGAUGGUUUCUGCAGCAAAAUAUGCAAGAGCUGAGAGGGAGCUGAAGCCUGCUAGAAUAUAUGGAACAGGAGCACUGGCUCUGUAUGAGAAAGCAGAAAUUAAGGCACCCGAGGACAAGAAGAAGCACCUGCUUAUUGGUGUGUCCUCUGACCGAGGUCUGUGUGGUGCUAUCCAUACAUCUAUUGCUAAAAGCUUGAAGAAUCAGAUUACCAACCUCUCAAAUGCGGGGAAAGAAGUUAUGGUGGUUGGUGUAGGUGACAAAAUUAGAGGCCUACUUCAGAGGACGCACAGCAAUUACUUCCUGAUGACAUUCAAAGAAGUGGGCCGGAGACCUCCUAGCUUUGGAGAUGCUUCAAUCAUCGCUUCAGAGUUGCUAAACUCUGGGUACGAAUUUGAUGAAGGCUCUGUCAUCUACAAUCGGUUCAGGUCUGUCAUCUCCUACAAAACUGAUGAAAAACCAAUCUUCUCGUUUGAAACAGUUGCUGGUUCUGAAAGCCUAAGUAUCUAUGAUGACAUUGAUGCUGAUGUGCUGAGAAACUACCAGGAAUUUACGCUAGCAAAUAUUCUGUACUACUCCCUGAAGGAGUCCACCACCAGCGAGCAGAGUGCUAGGAUGACCGCCAUGGACAACGCAAGCAAAAACGCAUCUGAGAUGAUUGACAAAUUGACCUUGACAUUCAACCGUACCCGUCAAGCCGUCAUUACUAAGGAGCUUAUUGAGAUCAUCUCUGGUGCUGCUGCUCUGGAUUAAUCGACAAAAGAGGUUCAGCCAAAUCCAAGAGGUGAAGAAGAGUUCUUCUGAGCAGAUGGUUUAACUUACCAGUGUCUGUGUUAAUGAGACUGCUUUGCUAUUUUGCGAAGAAGUGGUGAAGCCCCAGAAAUAUAUGUAAAUUCUUACAAUAAACCACCUACAUGAAA